AUGGAGGAGGGGGAGAGGCUUCGCUCCGAACCCGAGCUCACGGAGCAAGCUGGGUACCCACCCAGCUUCACCCUCUUUUCCUUCGCUGAGAUCGGCGACAUCGCUGUGCCCUCACCACCAGCGCCUCUUUCGCGCGCGGUUCUGAGUUAUAAAGGCUCGGCUGCUGCAGGCGACUGCGGAGCCAAGAUGCGCCCGAAAGAGCAGGUGCAGAGCUGCGCGGGGGACGCGCCGGGGCCCGGACCCGGGCUCGGGGACCCGGCGGCGGCCACCCCCGCGCCCCCGCCUGCAGCCAGUCCCGUUUCUACGCCUCCGGCCGAGCCCGAACCCGCUCCCGCUCAGGCACCCGCGACCCCCGGACCGAGAGCAGCGUCCCGAGCGGCGACGACUGGGUCCCAGUCCGGAACCCGCCCGGCCUCCCAGGCGUCUGGACCCAAGGCUGGAGCGCAGCGCGCGUCCGGCCGGACAGGGCCGGAUAAUUCAGAUGCACCGUGGACACGCUCGGUGUUCCAAGGCCCUUUCGGUCCCCGGGCCACUGGUCUGGGGACUGGAAAGGCCGAGGGAAUCUGGAAGACACCUGCUGCCUACAUUGGCAGGCGGCCCGGAGUGUCUGGCCCUGAGCGUACUGCCUUUAUUCGAGAGCUGCAGGAAGCACUGUGCCCGAACCUACCUCCAGCCAAGACAAUCACCAAGGAUGACAUCAAAGAGAUGAUGUAUUUGCUGGAGGAGAAAGAGCGGGACCUGAACACAGCAGCUCGCAUCGGACAGUCCCUGGUGAAACAGAACAGCGUUUUGAUGGAGGAGAACAGCAAGCUGGAAGCCAUGUUGGGCUCAGCCAGGGAAGAGAUCUUACACCUCAGACGCCAGGUGAACUUGCGAGAUGACCUCCUUCAACUCUACUCAGACUCUGAUGAUGAUGAUAAUGAUGAUGAAGAGGAGGAGGAAGAAGAGGAGGAGGAGGAAGAAGAAUGUGAAGGAGAACAAGAUCGGCAGCAUGACCAUCCCUACGGCGCCCCCAAGCCGCCCCCCCAGGAGGAGUCGCUGCACCGCUGCCCGCAGCUGGAAGCGUUGCAGCAGAAGCUGAGGCUGCUGGAGGAGGAGAACGACCAGCUGAGAGAGGAGGCCUCUCACCUCGACACCCUGGAGGACGAGGAGCAGAUGCUCAUACUGGAAUGUGUGGAGCAGUUCUCCGAGGCCAGCCAGCAGAUGGCUGAGCUGUCCGAGGUGCUGGUGCUGCGGCUGGACAACUACGAGCGGCAGCAGAAGGAGAUCACCCAGCUGCAGGCCCAGAUCGAGACGCUGCAGCAGCGCUGCCAGUCGUAUGGAACUGAGACGGAAAAGCUGCAGCGCCAGCUGGCUUCAGAGAAGGGAGGCCAUACGCAGUUCCCAGCAGAGAGCCAGCGGAUGGGUCCCCAGAUGCAGAACCUGCGGGUGAAGGUCAUAGACUGCGGGGGCAGGCCGCACUUGCACCAUGAGGUGGCGAAGAGCCUGUGCCAGCAUUCCCCCAUGCCCGUCACCCACUAUGCAUACAGCAUGCCUCUGGAAGCACUCCCAAGUUUCCAGGAGACUCUGGCUGAGGAGCUCAGGACGUCCCUAAGGAGGAUCAUCUCAGAUCCUGAGUACUUCGUGGAGAGGGAAGAGCGAGAGCCGGAGCCGGGUGUGAUGCCACCACCGGAAGACCUCAUGCCACCAGAAGAACUUGAGCCUCCUGAGGAGCUGGUGCCUGAGGAGGAGCUGGGGGCCAUGGAAGAGGUGGGGACGGCGGAGGAAGGGCUGGAGGAAGAGGCCGAGGUGGCCUCCGAGGAGACUGAGGCCUGGGAGGAGUUGGAACCGGAGCUGGAUGAGGCCACGACGAUGAACGUGGUGACCUCCGCCCUGGAGGCCAGUGGCCUGGGCCCUUCGCAUCUGGACAUGAAGUGUGUCCUCCAGCAGCUGUCCAACUGGCAAGAUGCCCAUCACAGGCGGCAACUGAAACGGAAGGUCCAGAAAGCAGUGGCAGCCGCAGGCCAAAACAAACAUGGGGGGCGGGAUCGAGGAGCAGCAGCCCAGGGUGCCGACCCAGGACUCUCAGAGGCUGGAGGAGGACAGGGCCAGCCACCCUCCCAUGUCCUGGGAGGAAGAGAGGCCUUCUGGGGCCACCUAGGCCACCACCUGCAAGGGCCACGGUCGCAUCCAUCCCCUGGGCUUUGCUGUUUCCCAGCAGCCUGCAGAGAUCCCACAGACAGCUUGAGACCCCUCCUUCCGCUGCCUGGCCAAGUCCUACCCGCCCCAGACCCUCCUUCCUCUCCUCUGAAAUGGGAGCCCAUGUCUGUCGCCAGCCCUCCCUCUGUUCUGACAAGCCUGAGGUGCCAAGCCUCUGCCCUCUUCGGGGACAGACUGAAGGAACCUCGGCCCUCGUUCUGCAACUGGUGCCAAAGCUGCGGCUGCUGGGCCUGGAUCAGGUGGUGGCCCCAGGGGCGGAAGCAGCCUGUGGGAAGGCUGGCUAGCUACCAGACCCAACUCUGAGACGGCUGUCACUGGUCAGGGCAGGGGCCUAGGUCCAAGAGUAGGCAGUGAUUCUGAGGACCGUCAACCCCUUCUGCCCCCAGUCCCAAAUAAAGGGACCCACCCCCGGCUCUGGUUGACGCCUAGGGACCCUAUCCUCUGGUGUUCUUCACCCUUCCUGGUUUCUGUCACUGUGUGUAACCGGAAGUGUGUCCCAGUGGGGCUGGGUGAGGGGUCCCCGUGUCCCAUGUUGCCCAUGGCUUGUGAAUUUUGAGGCUCCUUGCCUAGGGCCCCCCCCCUCACACUGUCCUCCUCAGCGCCCUUCCUUCCUCCCUUCUAGAUGUUCUCUCCUUGCUCACGUCUUUGCCCAUCAGUAGCUGGUGGUCUGGGGCUGGGGUCCCCCUCGGUGCCUGCUGCGCCCCUACAGCGCUUCUCAGUCUUGUAGCUUGUCGGCCUGUGUACGCGGUGCUCGUGCAAUGUAGGAAAUAAAGGACCUGUGUGCUCCCUG